UCCGGGUUUAUGACACUGUGGGCGCGUCAGGAGGAGCCGGUUUACAGUGUUGUGUGUUUGUGUGUGUGUGUUGUUUGGUUAAACUGUGGCGAUGUUCCUCCGAGUUUUGUGUAUUUUGUGUAUUUUUAGCUUCGUGUCACUGCAGUAUGUUCCUCCGUACACGGAGGACUGUCGGACGGGGAUGUACCCACCCAGCGGCCCAACAUUUAAAGGCGCAGUCCCUUGGUACACCAUCAACCUCGAAUUGCCCCCGAACAAAAGAUGGACACAAAUCAUUGCGGAUAAGAAGGAUGCUAUGAUCAGCUUGGCCCAGGCCGUCAGAGAUCUGGCAGAUGCCUUCGUCCCUAGUGGGCAUCUGGAGGAGCUCGUUGACAAGGCUUUGCCCUUGAUGAUUGACACUCUCCCAUAUCCUUUCAACGAAGAGAUUAAAGGAAUCGCAACAGCAUCUGGAGUUCCUCUGGGUGAGACCCUUCUUUUAAACAUUUUCUAUGAGGUUUUCACAGUGUGCACCUCGCUGGUCGCUGAAGAUCCUCAUGGAAACCUCAUUCAUGCUCGGAAUAUGGACUUCGGACUUUUUAUGGGUUGGGACAUGAAGAACCAUUCGUGGGUGAUCACGGAGAAGCUGAAGCCUCUGUUGGUGAACGUGGAUUUCAGGAGGAACAACAACACCGUGUUCAAAUCCACGAACUUCGCCGGCUACGUGGGCAUGCUCACCGGCAUCCAGCCUCACGUCUUCACCCUCACGAUGAACGAGAGAUUCAGCUUGGAUGGAGGCUACAUUGGAAUUCUGGAGUGGAUCCUGGGGAAGAGAGACGGCAUGUGGAUGAGCUUCCUGACUCGCUCCGUCUUAGAAAACGCCACCAGCUAUGCGGAAGCUAAGAAGCUGCUUUCCGACACGAAGCUGUUGGCUCCUGCUUACUUCAUUCUGGGAGGCAACCGGAGCGGCGAGGCGUGUAUCAUCACCCGCUCCCGAACACACAACCUCAACCCUCUGGAGCUGGCUGUUAAACAGGGCCGUUGGUACGUGUUGGAGACGAAUUACGACCACUGGAAGGAGCCGCUGUUCCUCGAUAACCGCAGAACUCCGGCGAUGAAGUGCAUGAAUCAGACCACACAGGCUAAUAUCUCCAUAAAGACGGUCUACGACGUCCUGUCCACUAAGCCAGUCUUAAACAAAUUAACUGCGUACACUACACUUAUGGAGGUGUCUAAGGGGACGUUGGAGUCGUAUAUCCGAGACUGUCCGAGCCCCUGCAUGCCGUGGUAAAAGCUUAAACACGGCUCUCGGCCCUCGACGUUUCUCCAGAACAUUCCUUUACGCAAUGCAUGCACUUUAUUAAGAUUGCUCACAAAUAAAUAGUGAUCAUUUUAUUGUAAAAUCUAUAAUAAUAUAAUAUAAUAUAAUAUAAUAUAAGUCAGGAAUUCUGUUAAGCACCACUCCAGUUCUAACGCUGAAGCACUGAGUAGCAGGGUACUUCCAUUAAUUUUAAUAGAAAUGUUGGUUCUUAGAUAUAUUUUACGAUUUAUUUUAGCAUUUGUUUGUCACGAUGUGUCAUUUUUCGCAUUUGUUUCAUUUCAGAAACCACGUCGCAUGUAAUCCGAGGUUAAUUAGUACUAGACUGUACUUCUUUGGCUCAACUUUAACUUGCUUUUAACCUUGAAAUGACAUGUGUAAUAUGGUUUAUAAUGAAAUUCGCUGUAGAGACAUGCUAAAGUAGAUUUAUCAGAAGGGAAAGCCAUUAGCUCAACUGUUAAAGGUGUUCUGAUGCAUUUUACUCAGUAAGGCUGCUUCAGUACUUGAUGUUUUACGUGUAAUUUUAUCCAUGCAGAGGGACAAUGUAGUGAAGUUUUGCUUGUGAAUUCACUGAUUAGGAUUUAUAGAAAUUAUUCAGAAAUAGAACAGUUUGCUUACAAUUCAUGCAUUAGUGUGUGUGCACAGAGUAUAUUUUAGGUUUAGGGAUGUUGUAUUGUCUGAAUGUUUUUAGAUAGGGUUCCUCACUACACUCACUACUCACUACACUCAAAAAACAACACAAUCUCUAAUCUGACCCACGGUUCGAUGUAAACAACUGACUAGUUGACUAGGUGAGUUGAUUUUAAGGAGAAAUAAUGAUAAUAAUGUGUUUCCUGUGAAUCCUCAUAAAGUACACUUGGUAAUUUACACAUUAAUGUCCUAAUUACAACUUAAAAAUGCAAUGUACAGGUAUGAAUAUGUAGGUGUACCACUCAAAAUACACAACUGCAAUAAGGAUUCUGGCCGAAACAUGUUACUAUGGUAACGUUUGGAGGGGCGGAGCUAAGUGGAAGCUCGUGAGACUUCUGGAACCAAAAGUUUCAUGAGUUAGAAAUUGUCAGAACUCGUUGCGUAAAAUAAUGAAGCAAGACGUAAAGCACAAAAUGAAAAUGUGAAUAAGGAUUUGAACACAAUUUUCUGUUCAGCUCAAGGAUUUUACAAUAUUUCUAAUCUGACCUAUGCUUCAAUAGUAUUUGAAAUUACAUUAAGUUACAAUUUUAAUUGUAAUUUAAUUGUAAUUGUUGCACUUUUUCUUUUCUUUUUUUUUUUUUCUUUUUAAAUGAAAUUGUCUCAAUACUGGUGAAUCCUGUUUGUGAGUGAUAAAUGAGAAAAUGGAUGAAAUUGUCAUUGUUGAAAAUAAAAAUACAUUAACACAAA